AUGAUGCAAGAAAGUGUAUCAAAUCAAUUUAAUCUUGAAAAUGUUAAUGUAGCCAUAAAAAACGUAACGGAUUUGACAGGGGCAACGAUGGGUGUCAUAGGUGCAUCAAAAGUAUCAGAUUCAAUCUUACCAUUUACGCCGUUAAUAUCAGAAAUCUCUAGUAUCGUAUCAGAUAUAAUCGAUUUUUAUCAAACAGCCGAACAUAACAAAAGGAUAUGUGGUUCGCUAUUGUCAAGGGCAACAGCAGCGGAAACUGCCGUAAAAAAUUUGGAGAUUCGUAGGUUUGAAAAUGAAUCAUUAUUCAAGUCAAAAGAAUAUUAUAAAAAUUUUCAAAGGUUGGUCAUAAUCAUCAAUAAAAUUAAGAAAUUCAUUGAAGAAAUUUCACAAAUAAAAGGUUUAAGGAAAUUUUUGGCGGCUUAUAAUAUUGAAAAAGAAUUUCUCGAUUUAACCAAUGAAUUUGAUGGAUUGAUGAGAAUUUUAAAUUUUUCAAUCGCCAUUUCUAACCAAAUACAAUUGGAAGAAGAUAGAAAAAUUUUAAGACAUGAUGUUAAGGAGAUGAAUAAAUAUAUACAAGAUAUUGAAGGAGGCAUCGCAAGCGAAAUAUCGGGAAUUAAUGCUAAAUUGGAUGAUAUCACACAAUGGAACAUAGCAUGGCAAAGAAAGUUACUUUCACGAAAUGAUGAUGUCAUAGCGGAUGCAACGAUACCAAUAAGCGAAUUUUAUGAUCCACUUGAAAAAGUUAAACGAGGUACUAAUGUGAGUAAAAGGUUACGCAAAGGAGAAGAAGUGGCAUUAAAGAAAAGGUUUUUCGAUAAAGAAGAAAAGGAGCAUAUUAAUGAUAUCUUGAGUCAAGUGAUUAUAUUGAAAAAACUUAAGGAAUCAAGAUAUAUAGUAAAAUUUUACGGAUUUAUCAAGGAAGAAGAAUUAAUGUAUAUGGUAACAGAAUGGUGUGAGUAUGGAAAUCUUAAAGAAUAUUAUACACAUUUUGGACCACUUGACUGGCAUGAAAGAUCACAGAUCGCUGUUGAUAUUUCUCGUGGGUUAACCUUUUUGCACACGGUAUCCAUUUUGCACCAUGAUAUACGAUCAGAAAACAUUUUAAUUACCAAUCACCGCUGUGCAAAAUUGGCAAAUUUUACCUUAAGUCGCGGAUUUAGAGAUUUUAGCACUCAUAUUAAAGCAACGCUUGAUAAUGUAAGAUGGAUGGCUCCUGAAAAAUUAAGGGAUCAUAAAAAUCCUUACACCGCGAAAUGUGAAAUUUAUAGUUUUGGUAUGGUAUUGUGGGAAAUUGCCGAAGAAAAGUUACCUUUUCAAAUGGAAAAUGAUAUUGUUAAAAUAAAAAAACUUGUCGUUGAACAGAGAUAUAGGCCAUCAUUUAGUCUCGGGGUACCUAUUGAAUGGUCAAAAAUUGCCAAUAAAGCGAUGCAAGAUAGUCCAAUUGCAAGACCUCCUUUAAAAGAUAUCUUUAUGACAUUAAAUAGCAUUUAUCAAAUUUACAAACCGAGAAAAACUCCGACUGCUUCACCAGUUUGCUAUCCCUUACAAUUAGAUUUACCGGAUCCUGACGAUUUAGAAUUAUCAUUGGAUUUAAGCGAAUUUGAAGUUGUCACAAUGAGUGUUAAAGAAGCCACGGUGGAACAUAGGAAAAAGAAUGGGGAUAGAUUAAAUUCAUGGAAGGCUUUUUGUCAACAUGCCGAAUUUGGCGAUACGCUUGCAAAGUAUUGGAAAGGAUAUUAUUUAUAUUAUGAUAUAUGUCCAGUAGAUGAUCCUGAAGAUACAAUUGCAAAACAAUUAAGAUUAAAACAAUCUAUCGAAUAUUUUAAAGAAGCCGCAGACUUUGGUUUAGCAGAAGCACAAUUAAGAUAUGGACAUUGUUUAUGGUCAGGUGAAGCCGUUAAGAAAAAUAUUAAAGAGGCUAUAAAAUAUUUUCAGAUGUCGGCCGAUAAUGGUAAUCAUACUGCCAUGUAUAAUAUCGGAAAUAUAUUAUAUAAUGGGAUUGGCGUUAAUAAAGAUGAAGAAAAUGGUAGUAAUUAUCUUAGAUUGGCCGCUUUAUCUCAUCAACCUAAAGCUGUUGCCAUGUGUAAAUCCAAAAGUAUUAAAUUGGCUUGA